ACUCAUUAGUUUCAAAGAAAAUAUCUAUUGAGAAAAAAUUAUGGACAUCAUCUUUGAACAAGCUUAUCUGUUCCUCCUCUUUUGCUUUAUCUUAUCAUUUUUCCUUAUCUUCACCAUAACAAGAUCCCGGAGCUCUCUCAAGGUCGCUCCAUCGCCUCCAGGACCUCCGCGGCUACCCAUCAUCGGAAACAUUCACCUUGUCGGCAAAAACCCACACCAUUCAUUCGCCGACCUCUCAAAAACAUAUGGACCAAUCAUGAGCCUUAAAUUUGGAAGUUUAAACACAGUGGUCGUAAGUUCACCAGAAGCUGCAAGAGAGGUUCUAAGAACAUACGACCAAAUCCUCUCUAACCGUAGCUCCACUAACUCGAUACGGUUCAUUAAUCACCACGAGGUUUCCGUUGUCUGGCUUCCACCAUCGUCGCCUCGUUGGAGACUACUGAGAAAACUAGCGGCGACUCAGCUCUUCUCGCCUCAGCGUCUCGAAGCCACGAAAACGUUGAGGGAGAACAAGGUGAAGGAACUCGUGAGCUUCAUAAGUGAAAGCAGCGAAAGAGAAGAAGCUGUUGAUAUUUCUCGUGCAACCUUCAUCACAGCUCUUAAUAUCAUAUCAAACAUUCUGUUUUCUGUAGAUCUCGGUAGCUACGACUCGAAAAAAUUCAGUGAGUUUCAGGACACGGUGAUUGGUGUCAUGGAAUCUGUAGGGAAGCCAGACGCUGCUAACUUCUUCCCAUUUCUGGGGUUUCUUGAUCUGCAAGGCAAUAGAAAGACUCUGAAGGCUUGUUCCGAGAGAUUGUUUAAAGUUUUCCGUGGGUUCAUUGAUGCUAAAAUAGCAGAAAAAUCAUUGCGGAAUGUUAACCCUAAAGAUGUCUCGAAGAGAGAUUUUGUGGAUGUGCUUCUCGAUCUUACUGAAGGAGACGAAGCAGAGCUCAACACUAACGAUAUUGAACACCUUCUCUUCGAUCUGUUUGGAGCGGGGACAGACACAAACUCUAGUACCGUGGAAUGGGCAAUGGCAGAGUUACUUCGAAACCCUGAAAAAAUGGGGAAAGCUCAGGCUGAGAUCGACAGUGUGAUUGGUCAAAAAGGUGUUGUUAAAGAGUCUGAUAUCUCGGAACUGCCCUAUUUACAAGCAGUUGUGAAGGAAACUUUCCGGUUACAUCCGGCUGCUCCUCUUCUUGUCCCACGAAAAGCGGAAUUCGAUGUGGAGGUUCUUGGAUUCCUCGUACCUAAAGACGCUCAGGUUUUGGUGAACGUGUGGGCCAUAGGACGAGACCCGAGCGUAUGGGAGAAUCCGUCCCGGUUUGAGCCAGAGAGGUUUAUGGGAAAAGAAAUCGACGUGAGAGGUAGAGAUUAUGAGCUUACACCAUUCGGAGCCGGACGUAGAAUUUGCCCGGGAUUGCCUUUGGCUGUGAAAACAGUGCCUCUAAUGCUUGCUUCUCUUCUUUAUUCCUUUGAUUGGAAGCUUCCAAAUGGCGUCCUUUCUGAGGAUUUGGAUAUGGAAGAGAGCUUCGGUCUCACAUUGCAUAAAACCAACCCGUUACAUGCCGUUCCCGUCAAGAAACGCUGUCUUAAUUAGCCAUUUAAAAUUAGUAUGUUUUUCUUAUAAGUACUGUACGAAUAAUUAAUUACCAGAUUAAAUAACAAAUCACCUCAAACGCUUCUCUUCUCGGUUGUACAACUAUUUUCUCCUUGUUAAAUCUUUACCGUGUAUUUUCAUAAACAUUCAGUUUUCUUUUUA